AUGGCUGCCGUGGGAUUCUGCGGCUUAAAGCCAUUGCUGCUUCGUCGCAAAGCUAGUAUUUUAGAGGGACUGAAAGUGAUCAAAGGUGUUAGCACGCCCAAGAAAUCUUCAAAAGCUCAGAGCAAAGAAAAUGGAGGAGAUUCAAUAGAGUUAUCAUUUGUAGGAGCAGACCAAUUGAUUUUAAUGGUUGAGAUUCAUAAGAAGAUCAUGGCAUUCAGAGACAUCAUGGACUUAGCUCCAUGCAACAGCUCUGUAUCAUUGCGUGAGAUAGUUAUAAGAACCCUGCAUGAUUUACAAAAGUUGUAUCCAAAGAUCAUAAAUAAAACUCAAGUGUCAAAGAUUAAGAAGAAACAUAUUGAUCAGGCUAUGGCCUAUUUCUGUGAGGCUUUGAAGUCUCUUGGAGAGUCAUGGAUGUUGGACCAUGAUGACAUGAACAAGCUCAAUAUUGUAUUUCCAACAUGCAAAGAUAACAACAAUAUGCGUCAAUUGGGUGAAACUAUGGUGGUGACUCUAGAUAACUUGAUGAAGUUGGCAAGUGAAAGGUUUGACAUAGAAUAUGAACAAAAGAAAGAAUUCAGUCCAAUUCCAAGUUCAACUCCAAGGUCAAGUUCAUUUCGAAAACUUGCAAUGGAAUCCAGCUCGACCUCAAUUUCAGAGAGUAGCUUCUCUUGCUGCUCUUCACCUCUCACGCCUAGGUCUGUCCUACCUGAAUUGAUGAAAUACUCAUCAAGAACGGGUGAAAGUCCAAGAAGUUCUUGUGCGUCGCCACUUCUUUGGGCUCUUAGACUUCAAGCUGUUGGAAAGUUAAGUCCAAAUGAUAUUAAGAGUUUUCCUUCGAAUAUGUCACCAACACAUAUUGAAAAGAUAGAUGAGGAACCAAUAACUGAAAUGGAAGUGGAUGAUAAUAAGCCUAUAAAGAAUACAACGGAAGAUCUUGUGUUGGAUUUGGACACAAAUGAGGAUGAUCAUCAUAACAAAACAGUUAAAAAUGAUGAAGCUAUGGAAGAAGUGGAACUACCACUAUCUCCUAAACAACUUCAACCACAAUCUCCUAAACAACUUCAGCCACAAUCUCCUAAACCAAUGCCUGUUUCUUCAUCUUCUCCCCCACACCCUCCAUCACCAUCACCACCACCACCACCUUCUGCACCAUCUAUGAUACUGCCUAAUAAAAUAAUAUCACCACCAACACCACCUCCUCCACAACCGCCGCCUAUGUUGCAGCCAAAUGUUGCAGUACCACAACCUUUAGCUCCACCUCCACCUCUGCCAGAAGCAGCAAGGAUGCCAGCACCUCCACCGGCACCAACAACAGCUGCAGUUCCAGCACCUACACCGCCACCAACAACAGCUGCAGUUCCAGCACCUCUUCCACCUAUGAAAGGAGGAUCAUUUCCAGCACCUCCACCGCCUAUACCACAUGGUAAUGGAGGAGCACCGCCACCGCCUCCUCCUGGUGGAGCAGGAAAAACCUUGCGCGCCAAGGCAACUACUAAAUUGAAAAGGUCAAUGCAACUAGCCGCUUUGUAUAGAACUCUUAAAGGAAAAGUUGAAGGAUCUAGCUUAAAUGGAAAGUCAGCUGCUGCUGGGAAGAAAGGUGCUGUUGGAGGAGCAAGCAAUGGAGGGAAACAAGGAAUGGCUGAUGCUUUAGCAGAGAUGACUAAAAGAUCCUCCUACUUCAUCCAAAUAGAAGAAGAUGUUCAAAAGUACACAAAACAAAUCAUAGAGUUGCGACCUAAAAUUACUAAUUUCAAGACAAAUAACAUGACUGAAUUAAGCAAUUUCCACAAAGAUGUUGAAUCCAUCCUCGAGAAUCUAACUGAUGAAUCACAGGUGCUAUCGCGAUUCGAAGGCUUCCCUACAAAGAAAUUGGAAGCUGUUAGAAUGGCAGCAUCAUUGUACAAAAAGCUUGAUUUAAUCCGUACUGAACUUCAAAAUUGGAAGGUAGAGACUCCUAUAGAUCAGUUCCUAGACAAGGUUGAACGUUAUUUCAACAAGAUUAAAACAGAAUUAGAUGCUAUAGAAAGAACCAAAGAUGAUGAAUCUAAAAAGUUUAAGAGUCACAACAUUGAAUUUGACUUCCACGUUCUUAUUAAGAUCAAGGAAGCAAUGGUGGAUGUUUCCUCCACCUGCAUGGAGUUAGUACUUAAGGAGAAGCGUGAGAGCAAUGCUCCAAAAAAGGAAUGUGCAAAAAUGCUUUGGAGGGCAUUCCAAUUUGUAUUCCGUGUCUACACAUUUGCUGGCGGACAUGAUGAUCGUGCUGACAAGUUAACAAGAGAACUAGCAAAGGAAAUUGAAAGUGGCCCUAUCCAUAAAUAA